AUGGGACCAAAGAUUAAGAGGUUCUUUGUAGCUGCCAAAAAGGUAGUGACACAAAAAAGAAGAUCUGGAUCCUCCCCUCCGGUUACCAGGUCUUACUUGGGGGCUUCGCCACCUUUAAUCAUUCCUCGCGACAAUGCUCGACUCUCCCCUGUGUUCACUACGGAUUCUUUGAUAGCUUGUGAGGAGGGCUCUGUGACUCAGGUGCCAAAUGAUAUGCAUAGGGGUGCAAUGCUUGAGUUUGAACAUCGACCUUUUGACAGGGAAGAGCCUUUGACUAAGAACCAGUCUCAUGUAUUGGAGUGGUUGGAUGAGUCUGAGAUUACAUUCUUUGAGGAGAAAGAGAUUUGGAAUGAUGUACCCGAGCAUGAAGUGUUUAAUGAUGACCUGUUUUUCACUGCAACUGAGAGUGAACCGUCUCAGGAUGAAUCACAAAACGAGGGUGAAGAAUUCGAAGAAAACUACGGUAUACCCGAAGGAGAUUACAGCGAGUAUUACUGGGAGGCAAUGGUGGAAACGGGUGAUGAGGGAAGAGAUAUCCAACAGGACCUCGACGACGUUGUAGUUCGGCUCACGGUUAUUGGUCUAAUGACACAAGGCCGUAAGGAGAACAGUUCGGCUGUUUCUGCCUUGGGAUUGUUUGAUGAGGAUAGAUUUGAGACUGUUCCAUCUGUAUUACCGGGCGAAUUUGACGAAGAAGAGGUGGAAUGUAUGCCGCGGGAUGUCACUAUGCGCUUGGAAGAGGCACAGACACAGAGACAGGGACAGGAAUCUCACAGAACUUCGUUGAGUUUGAGAAAGACUAUAAGUAACAAGUGGACUGAAGUUAGGGUUAGCCUGCGCUGGAAAAUGUCUUUUUCGUCUUUACAGACAAGAGAUACUUGA